AGCUGAUUCUGGGGCCGGGGCGGUGCCUGAGGGGCCGGGCUGGGGCUGAUCCCGGGCAAAAGAACCGUGCCUGGGGGAGGCAGAUCGGUCUGGUCCCGGGGCAGGAAGAUCUGAGUCCGUGUCGGGGGCAGCCCCAGGACUCACAGGCCGGGACCGCCCGGCGCAGUGCCACGGAGCCCGGUGUCCCGCCCGGGUGGGCCGGGGCGACGGUGACUCAGCCGGGAGAGGCGGGCGAGGAGGAGGCGGGGUUGGAGGAGCGGCAGGAGCCGCCGCCGCUGCCGAGCCGCUCACCUGCCCGGCUCCGCCAUGGCCCGCCGUCUGGCCGCCCUGCUUCUGCUCCUGGCCCUCGGCUGCUUACUGGGCAUCCUCCUCCUCCUCCUCGGCUCCAGGGACACACGGGGCCCGCCGGGCUUCAAGUACGGCAUCGUGCUGGACGCUGGGUCCUCCCACACCGCUAUGUUCAUCUACAAGUGGCCUGCAGACAAGGAGAAUGACACCGGGGUGGUCAGCGAGCACAGCAUGUGUGAUGUGGAGGGUCCUGGCAUCUCCAGCUACAGCUCAAACCCUCUGGCGGCCGGGACAAGCCUGGAGCACUGCCUGAACCUGGCCCUGAAAGAUGUGCCCAAGGAGAAGCACGCUGGCACCCCGCUUUACCUGGGUGCCACGGCUGGCAUGCGCCUGCUCAACAUUGCAGACCCACAGGUGUCAGACGCUGUCCUCAGAGCUGUAGCAGCCACGCUGAAGACGUACCCCUUUGAUUUCCGGGGAGCAAAGAUCCUGUCAGGGGAAGAGGAAGGGGUCUUUGGCUGGGUCACUGCAAACUAUCUCCUGGAGAACUUCAUCAAGCGUGGAUGGCUUGGAGAAUGGAUCCAGCCUCAGAAGAAGACCCUGGGGGCCAUGGACUUUGGGGGCGCUUCCACACAGAUCACUUUUGAAACCAGGGACACAAUUGAAAACCCCAGAAAUGAGGUGAUGCUGAAGCUGUAUGGCCAGGCAUACAAAGUGUACACACACAGCUUUCUCUGCUAUGGGAGGGACCAGGUCCUCAAGAGGCUCCUCUCUAAGCUCCUCCAGGCUGAGAGCUACCAGGAAAUUGUCUUCUAUCCCUGCUGGCCUAUGGGCUACAACAAGAGCCUAUUGCUGAGCAGCAUCUAUGACAGCCCCUGCACGGAGAAGGAGAGGCCAAGCCUUGCCCUCAACACCACUGUUACCUUGGUCGGCACCGGGAAUGGGAACCUCUGUUCUCUGCAUGUCAGCAAGCUCUUUGACUUCACCAACUGCUCUUUUUCCCGCUGCUCCUUUGAUGGUGUUUUCCAGCCGAAGGUUUCAGGAGACUUCAUUGCCUUCUCUGCCUUCUUCUACACGGUGGACUUCAUCCAGACCGUGAUGAGAAGACCCGUGCACCUGCCCAGCGAUCUGAAGGAUGCUGCAGAGACCAUCUGUGCCACCAGCUGGAGUGAGCUGCUCCAGAAAGCCCCCAAGCUGGAGAAGAGGCUGCCAGAUUACUGCGCUGUCAGCGCAUUUGUGUAUUUGCUCACCACCAAAGGCUACAGCUUCAACAACCACUCCUUCACCAACAUUGCCUUCCAGAAGAAGGCAGGAGAAACCUCCAUUGGCUGGGCCCUGGGCUACAUGCUGAACCUCACCAACAUGAUCCCGGCAGAAAAGCCCUCCUCCCACAAAAGCAUGUUGUACAACUACUGGGUCAUCCUCAUCCUGCUCUUUGUGGUCACCACCCUGACAUCCCUGGUGACUGCCAUCUGCCUGCUCCGGCACAGCAAGUCCAGCAUAAUCUGAUGGCAGGGACAGGGUGGGCCAUAGCUGCAGGACCAGCACCAUCCUACCUGCUGGAGGCUCCACAGUCUGAAUGCUUGGUAUGUGGCAAGUGCUCAAUGUCCUCCUCCAAGGCCUGACACCAUCCCAGAAGGAAAGCUGUCCCCUUUUGCCCUCCCCUUGCCCUCAAGCUGCAGGAAAUGAAGGACAGGAGAGGAUCAUUGGCCCUGUGGGAGAAGGGUUUUUCCCAGCACUACUCAGGGAUGGACCCUGGAGCAGGCUUGGGAAUGGGACAUUCAGAGCUAGGACAUCUUUUUGCCACCAGAGCUGAGCUGAACUGGGCCAAUGAGCCCAAGCAACAACAGGAUUCAUUCUCAUGUGUAUGUGUAUGAAUGGGGAAUAUUACUUACACUAGUCCUUAUAGCCGACAUCACUAGCCUGUCCCCAGAGCAUCAGCCCUGUCUCCUGGGGAGCUCUGGGCAUCACCUGAAGCCCAUGGUGUCUUUCUGGCUGACACACAAACCCCACUGACCUUCCCAAAGGCAAGGUCUUGGCCUUGACCAUUUGCCUCAGCUUUGGGUAAGGACUUGGCAACGACCAGACGUGGGAAGAUGGCAGCUUCCAGGUCCCACUUCAACAACCAGACAUGGUGCCUUCACUAUCCCCAUGGUUCCUAUGCCAGACUUGCCUCUGCCACAGCCAGAGACUCCUGCACACCCCAGUUCCUGCAGCUCUGUGGUGCAUGGCUAUGCUGGCACAGAGCUGAUGGGCUCCCACAAUGUGGGGCUUUGCUCUGCACUGGGAUUUGAGCCUGGCAUCACCCCACACCAGGCAGCUAGGAGGAUGCACCUUCAUUUCCAAUUGAGUAACAGGGAUGUACAAACAUGAAGGUUUGGUUUUGUUUGAGUUUUUUUAAUAAUCUGAAAUAAACCUUUGUAACCACU